ACACUCGAAUAUGCUUCUGUCCAAUAACCCACUUAUCAAGGACGUUUUAGCUUGCUGAAGGCCAAAUAAUGCAUAUAUUCCCACUGAUUCGCUGGUUUCCGUGCGACGUUAUGAUCAUGACGCCUUCGUAUCACGUGAAUGUGGAAACGAGUAGCAGAGAAGAUCCCAUGUUCAGUAGACGGGCGGUUGUUUCGUGGGAGAAAUUAAAUCAAGGGUACUGACGUUCUCCGACAUUACAGUGAUCCAUUGACUUCAUAAAGCAUCGUUCGAACUUCGUCGGCAUGGCUCAACUUGGACGCAGCCAAUAGCCAAUAUGGCGCCUCCAAAACUUGGAAUUAGAUCGAGGGCGCUGAUGACGAUAAACACUGACAGUUGUCUAAACAUUAUUUGCCCGAAUCGCCAUGGCUCAAUGCAACCAAUGGCCAAUAUACCGCCUCUAGCAUGGGAUCCACCAUCUCUCGAAGUGCUCUUACUCACACGAGUCGGGACUCCACACAAGCGACUUCCUGGUAAACGUCUGAUCUACAUCCACAUGGACACAUCUCGAGAGUUAACGUCAUUUCGAGCAACUUUGUUGCAUUAUUAUCAAACGUUCAAAUGUGCUACCCAAUGGCCUUUUGGUCGCCGUCAAUCACGUGGUCACCGGCUCCGCGGUCAACCCGUCCAUACCAUUCUAUUCACGUUUCAAAUAAUAUCGGAGGUAGGUACGAGCAUAACUGAAUUGUUUUGUUUUGAAAUGCGAGUGAGACAGAUAGCGGGUCAUCAACAUCAAAUGCAGUGGAAACAGAUAUUGUGCUCCACUGGCAAUGAUUUGGCCAUUUCGACAAUGAGUGUGCUUCUGACCGGCAAUCACAAUCAUGCGAUAAUCAGCAGCAUCUCACUGAUUAGUACACGAUCGAAUUGCACGAAGCCGAACUGAUGUGUAUGAAUAACGAAAGGCCACGGACAAGAACGGCUAUCGCGAAGAUGUCAAUAGUCGGAGGUGAUGCGCUCGUUUGAAUCGAUUAAAUCUUUAUG